GAGAGUUUGAGAAUAAAAAGCUGCUGCUCUGUUUGAGAGGAAAUCAGAAACUCAGUUCUGUGAAAUCUGUUUGCUGUCGACCUGAAGAACCAGAAAAAUGCUCCAACGGUGUGUUUUGUUGCUGCUCGUUGCCAUUGCAGCAGUUUCUCUCGCAGCUCCAGUCCCAGAGGGAACAACAGCUGACGAUAGAAGUGCACCGCUGCUGGAUCACAUAAACAACGAUGCUACUGAGAGCCCAAGAUCUGAUGGACAGACUCAAGCUGCUGCUCCUGUGAGCCCAGAGACUCAAGAUGUUGCUGACAGCGGCGCCUCUGAUGAAGAUUCAGCUGCAGCAACUCAAGCACAAGAUCCCGAGGACGAUUCUGCUAAAAGUGACGACAACAGUGACGAGAAGUUGAUCACUGACUCUGACUCUGAGACAGACUCUGACUCUGACUCUAAGACAGAGACUGACGAUGACUCUGAGGAAGACUUACUAAAACCAGAUGAUAGCAUCAGCAAAGAUGAUGACAGCCAGGAGGUGGAGGGGGAUGACAUAGGGAGUGAUGAACAAGCAGAUGAGAAGGAAGUGAAGGAAGAGGGAGAUAACUCUGAUGCUAAGACUGAUUCUGAGGAUGAGUCUAACGGUAAGACUGAUUCUGAUUCUGAUGAAGGGUCUGACACCAAGACUGAUGCUAAGACUGAUUCUGAUGAAGGGUCUGACACCAAGACUGAUGCUAAGACUGAUUCUGAUGAAGGGUCUGACACCAAGACUGAUGCUAAGACUGAUUCUGAUGAAGGGUCUGAUGCUAAGACUGAUGCUAAGACUGAUUCUGAUGAAGGGUCUGAUGCUGAGACUGAUGCUAAGACUGAUUUUGAUGAAGGGUCUGAUACUAAGACUGAUGCUAAGACUGAUUCUGAUGAAGGGUCUGAUGCUAAGACUGAUGCUAAGACUGAUUCUGAUGAAGGGUCUGACACCAAGACUGAUGCUAAGACUGAUUCUGAUUCUGACGAUGAUUCUGAUGAAGGGUCUGAUACUAAGACUGAUGCUAAGACUGAUUCUGAUGAAGGGUCUGAUGCUAAGACUGAUGCUAAGACUGAUUCUGAUGAAGGGUCUGACACUAAGACUGAUGCUAAGACUGAGACUGAUUCUGAUGAUGAUUCUGAUGAAGGAUCUGACUCUCUGGUUGGUGAUGAUUCUGACGCUAAGACUGAUUCUGACGAUGAUUCUGAUGCUAAGACUGAUUCUGGGGAAGUGUCUGACGCUAAGACAGGGUCUGACUCUCUGGUUGACGAUGAUUCUGACGCUAAGACAGGGUCUGACUCUCUGGUUGAUGAUGAUUCUGAUGCUAAGACAGGGUCUGACUCUCUGGUUGAUGAUGAUUCUGAUGCUAAGACAGGGUCUGACUCUCUGGUUGAAGAUGAUUCUGACGCUAAGAUAGAUUCUGACGAUCAGACUGAUGCUGAGGCUGACGUACUAAAACCAGAUGAUAGCAUCAGCCAGGACACUAACAGCCAGAUGGAGGGGGGCGAAGCAGGGAGUGAGGAACCAGCAGAGGUGGUAGGGGAAGAUAAGGUAGAGGGAGGUGAAAUUGAUCCUAUAAUGUCAGAUGAUGACAGCAUAAGCGAUGACAAAGACGUUACUCUGAGUGACGAAGACAGUCAGACUAAUGGUGAAAACGGCAAACCUGGGCCAGAGAACAAGGGCAUCAAUGACACACAAGACUCUGUGGAGGUGAUUCAGGACAACUAUGCAAACUCGGACACUGUGGAACCAAAGGAGCAGAGUCCAGAAACUCCCAUCUCCACUAAAGAGCCAUCUGUCGACCAACCAGACAAACCGGACAACUCCACCUCCACCACCGCAAAGGCUGUGAAUUAGACGCCCAGCCUCUGAACUGUGGAAGCUCACCGACUGCAGAGUCGAGUCCGCAGUGGAACACAGUUGCAACAUCUUGAACAAGCUAAACUGCAACUAAACUUCGACCUUAAGCUUCCUGGUUUCACCUCUGCUCCUUCCUGAUUGGUUGUCUCCGCUUUCUUCAAACUCUGGCUUUGGUUUAGAAAAAUCUGUCUUCCACCAAUCAAAUCUCUGUCUGUAAUCUGUCUGUCUGUCUAUCUGUCUGUCUGUCUGUCUGUCUGUCUGCCCAUCUGUCCCCCUCUCUGCCUGUCUGUCUGCCCGUGUGUCUCUCUGUCUGCCCAUCUGUCCCCCUCUCUGCCUGUCUGUCUGCCUGUCUGUCUGUCUGCCCGUCUGUCGCUCUGUCUGCCUGUCUGUCUGUCCCUCUGUGUCACAUUAAACCAUCUGUUCUGUUUUUGUGUUCAGAAGAAUUGCUAAUAAAGUUUGAACUGUCAAAACUUCUCUCACUGC